AUUUGACAUUUGACUAACUGGGCUCACUCGCACUUCUAACGUCUGCGCUGGCAUUAGCUGGCCAAGAAACAAAAGCUAAUAGACAUACAAUCAAAUUAGUAUAUCAAAUUAAUACUGCUAUGCAUUAGGCAUUUACGAGUUUCGAACAAAUUUUCACGAAAAUGACGAAUUUAUGGAGUACCUGUGUGCACAAGUUUUUCAAAUACGCCCCCAGUUAUGUGGUUUGCCUCUGCUUUCUGCCCUGCGGACUGAUCUUCGGCUACACGCUCUGCUCCUUUGUGGCCGAGCGGAAUCUGAAUGGCGAACUCAUUGACUAUGGCCCUCUGAUACUGGGCGCCUGCCUGGCGCUGCUCUGUGCCGUCGGCUUUCUGGCCAUCAAGUGCAUCAAGCACUGCAUUAUCUACUGGCAGCCACUCAUCCUCAUGGUCGCGGGCGUCUUCCAUCUAAUAUCUAGCUGUUUCUACUUUGCCGAUGGCCUUGAUCAUGUGGGCGCCUACAUGUCGUAUGUGUCGCACAGUUUGACCUUUGUGGCCGGCUAUGGAUUUUUGCACACGAUUAGCGCGAAGAACAGCCGCGCUUUGAUGAUAUCUGGCUGCUGCUGCUGCUAUCUGCUGGGCAUUGCCUCGGCGGUUAGUUUGAUUGGCGGCAGGUACGUGGAGAAUCUGAAGCUAUAUACGGGUCAAGUGGCGACCACGGAGCAACUAAUCGAUGGCAUCUAUGUGAACUUUGCUGCCACCUAUCUGUCCAUAGCGAUCAUCAUGCUGGCCGUACUGCUUGGUCUCAAGGUGCUGCAUGUGCUGGGCACGGUGGACAUUACCAAUAGUCUGGACAAUGAAUUACGGAUUGCCAAUGCGAAUGGCAGCAUCUUUGAGUCACGUUCGGAUGUGAUCAAGCGGCUGCAGUUCUUCUAUGUGACCAAGAAUCAACAGUGGCACGUGACGCUGCUUCUACUCUUUGUGGAAGCCAUCCAAUAUGCACUCUUCAUAUUUUUAGUCUUUUGGUUUGCUCUGAACGAUGCGAUGCGUCUGAACGACCUGGCCCAUAUUGACGCCAUGUUCUGGGUCAUAUUUGCUGGCAGUGCUUUGACCAUCGUCUGCUUGUGCUUCUACUCUGCCAAGGUGCACUUUGUGACUACGCAAGUGCUGCUGUUGCUGGUCACGAUGCUAGCCAUGAUUAUCUACGGUGCGACCGGCUCCAAGGUGACCUUCUGGAUACUGUUGGUACUCUUUGGCCUGGGCUAUUCGAGUUUGCAAAUUGUGCUGUUGGAGGUAACGCAUCUGCGCUUCACCGAAUGCAUCAUCUUUGCCUCCUACACGCUCAAGCUGGUCAGCACCAGCAUUGUCUACUACUAUUUCGUGGCCAAUGUGGAGAACUCGUAUUUCUAUGCCAAGGACGAGAGCACUUUGAUUGCCCAGGGCUUUGUCUUCAUGAUUAUCACGUCUUUGCUGGCGCUGGUCGUCGGCAUGAAGGUGCCACGCACGUAUCGCUCCAAAUUGCUGGACAUUCAGCACGAGGUCUAUGGCAUUAUCUUCAUGAAGCAUCAGAUCGAGCAGCUCAAUAUGCGUUGGCUAAACGAUGGCACCAUCCCAACCAUCAGCCAGUGAUGCAGCUUGUUACAUUUUUUU